CCAUUUGACUAUUCGGUAUCUUUUUCACAAGAUAGUGUAAACGAAAUGAUUCGGUUAAACUGCAUCGUUACACUUAUCAGUGUUGUGCUAUUGUGCGUUCUCGCGCAAGAGCUUUAUUCCGAUCAAUACGAUUACAUCAAUAUAAAUGAUAUACUCAAUAACGAUAAAAUGCGGGAACAAUAUUAUAACUGUUAUAUGGAAAUUGGACCAUGUACAACAGCAGAUUCAAAGUUUUUUAAAGUAAUCGCUAGCGAAGCUAUUCAAACAAAUUGUAAAAAAUGUACUGAGAAGCAAAAAGAUAUGUUGGAUGCAUUAAGCGAUUGGUACACAAAAAAUAAACCCGACCUUUGGCAGAACAUUGUUCAAAAAAGCUUAGAGGACAUGAAAAAGAAGAAUGCUGGUCAAUAAUUGCUGAUAAAUGCUGCAAAAGAUGAUAAGAAGAAUAACGACACAUUAAAAUAUUAAUAAUCUAAACUGCAUAAUGCUAUAUAAUUUAUUAUUAAUAAUAAAUUGUUAUAUAACCUUUCAAUGAUUAUAUGAAUUGUAAUAUUAAUAUGUUAUUGUAGUAUUAUAUAUUGAUAUAAAUCUCAUCAAUUCUAA